AGUCCGCCAUGUUUGACAGAGGACCAUGUGCGACUGUAUUGGAAAGUCUUUUUCAGUCAUCUCUUUGGGAAGAAUAACGCUAACUUAGAAUCAGGCUAUCUCUUGAAGGAUUUCGCUCUAUUUGCCUAGCUUUGUGACACAAUGGAAGACAUCGUGGCGAGUGUAGCAGAUCUCAAGUUUGAAAUUGAGAUGCAAUUGUACAACCAAGUUGGAGUUCAGCCUCUUCCGUUCCCGGGCAUGGACAAGUCUGGUGCAGCAGUGUGUGAAUUUUUUAUGAGGAACAUGUGCAAUCGAGGGCCAGUUUGUCCUUUUAGACACACCAAAGGUGAAAAGACAGUUGUCUGUAAGCACUGGCUGAGAGGGCUGUGUAAAAAGGGUGAUCAAUGCGAGUUUCUUCAUGAAUAUGACAUGACAAAAAUGCCUGAAUGUUAUUUUUAUUCCAAGUUUGGUGAAUGUAGUAACAAAGAAUGCCAAUACCUUCACAUUGAUCCUGAGUCUAAGAUAAAGGACUGUCCAUGGUAUGACAGAGGAUUCUGCAAGCAUGGUCCAAGCUGUAGGCAUCGACAUGUGAGGAGAGUUAUUUGCCUGAACUACAUGUGUGGGUUUUGUCCUGAAGGCCCUAAGUGUAAACAUAUGCAUCCAAGAUUUGAGCUUCCUGUGAAAGAUGAAAGCAGCGAGAAAAAAGCCAUGAACAUUGUAUGUCAUUACUGUAAUCAGCCUGGUCACAAAGCAUCCAGCUGUCCAUCAAAUCCCCACAAAGAAAACUAUAAGAAUCAACAAGGGAUGCAUCAAAAUAUCAAUGUAAAUAUUGUUCCAGUGACAACAAAUGCACAUUUGGAUACUGAUCGACCCAUGAUGAGAAGGCCUCUAGAAACAGUCACUUGUUUCAAGUGUGGGGACAAAGGGCACUAUGCAAACAAGUGUCCUAAAUCAAGAUCAGAGUUAAUUGGAUUAUGAGGCCAAGGAAGAUGAAGUAUUUUUAUAAAGAGACACUUACUAGCUGUUCAUACCUACAGAAGUGCUUGGACCAUGGAGGAACUGAUGCUCACUCUUACUCUUUGUUAAUAUGUACCUAUUGCAUGUCCUUGAUAUACAAGUGUUAUCAUAUACAUCUUUGUAAGGGUAACAUUUGGGCCUGAUCCCAUAGUCCUUCAAAUAAAAUUUACCCAGGUGCAGUAGGAAUGAUCCUUUACUUUUUUUGUAACAUUAUUUUACAGUGUAGCUUUGUGGAACGUACAAAAGCAUGUUUAAUGUACCAAUGUGUGACAAUGUGCCGCAAGGAAACUUAGAUAAAGGCUAGUAAAUGUUGAGUCUGUCAUUUAUGUAAUUUGCAUUAAUGAUGACUAAAACAUUUGAAAAGGGGUAUUGAAAUAUUCUUCUGAAUUCUUUAAAAAGGGUUGUAAAAUCCUAGUGUUGUAACAUAGCAUAUAAGAAUGUUUUUUUUAUGAAUAAUUUUUAAGUGACAUGGUUGUGUUGAUAGUUGAAGAUCUCUGAGUAAGGAGAGCUAUUGUAAAGUA